GUUUUCAUAGCACGCAGGGAGCGUCAAGUUCGCGAAUUGCGGCUCGCAUAGCCACCACAAAGUACGUGCUUGCCCUGGCGAAAACAUCGUGAGCUUAUGGUCGUGAGGCCCGCCCCACCUGCAUUCUGUGGCAGCAUCGAAGGGUGGCAGAGAACGAUCGACACGGCUGAACCAUGAGGCGCCGCCGAUGCUUCGCGAUGCUUUUAGCAGCAGCACUCGCGCUCAUCAUCACCAGUGCCAGAGCCUUGCCAACAGCGAUGACAGCAAAGGCUUUUCCGAUCGGAUCUUCAACGGAAGCAGUGUCAUCUUCGGACAACGCAUUCACUUCAGAAGCAGGGCCGAUACCAUACGAUUCUUCUCAUUAUGACGGUUUCCAUUAUGGCGCGCCUGAAAGCACAGAAGUGGAUCAAGAAACAAAACAAACGGACGAAGCCAGUGAUGCAACCGGCACAUCUGCAGCGUUAUUGCACCGACCUUUACUAACAGCAACGAACUAUGAACAGAGUGGCGGUACUCGCUAUGAUUAUGAUACCUGUCGACAAUGGAAACGGUAAAGAUACCAUGACAGACUUCGCGGCGUCUGAAGAAAACAAGACAAAAACAGAGGCGGCAGAGUUACCAAAGGAAAAGUACUUCUGGAAGAUGUUCAAUGACGACCUCGAUACCGUUGAACUGGCUACCAAAGGCCGGGAUAGUGCUAGCGUCACACCCCUUCCUAAACAAACAGCUAUAUUUAGCACGCCAGCACCUUACGUGAGCGUCUUCGGCUCGGUUUCUGAAUCACUUAUCGAGGCCCGAGCCGAUGACACGGAUGACGAAGUUCCGAGCAGGCUACGUGCGGCGGCAAUGUCGUCCAGUAGCUCUAGUGACCCACCUUCAAGCCCUGAAGUCAAACUGGACGUCUACACAACUGGUGACGACUCAAAAGGCCACACCGUUCUGUCAGGCAUGUCGUCAGGGACAGAAACAGGGACCGCUGCUACUUAUCACGACGGUCGUGUCUGAGGAUGUUAUAUUACCGAGCUACGUACUCCACAACAACACCAGCAAAGGAAACUACCGGAACAAAGUGUCACAGCAGGCGAAGGGAUUAUUGUUCAGGAGUCAUGGAAUGGCUACAGAUUGAGGGGGUUACGUCAGAGAAGAGCCGUAUACAUGGCACCCAUCGGAAAGGAAGACAUGACCUCCGGAGACGUGAAGGUUGAUACUGCUAACAGUGACAGUCAGAAGAAACCCGAUGACUCAUACGGAGAGCAUAUGGAUGGACUGACAGCGAGUGCCUCAGCUGAGAAACCUAGGGAUUCACCUGUUAUCGUUUCACCGAGGGACGAGCAGGGAGACAGCUGUUAGCAGCAGGCCGCGGAAAUCCCAUUCCACAAGCGGGUCAGUCAGGGUCUCUCUCUCCCACGCUGGAGGUAUCCGAUGGAGCUGGCGUGCAAGGUGUACCUCCUGACACUGCUCAAGUUGAUCAUCUCAUGGCAAGGGCUGGGGACAAGCCCGAUUCAGAGAAAGCAAGUCAACCGGCACUUUCAAGAGCAGAGCUGCCGAAGACCAGCGGUAGUGAAGCAGGUCGGGGAGCUGAGGCGCCAAAGCCAGUGGAAGUUCCCAGAAUUUCAGAGGUUCCCGCCGAGGGUAACAGCAAGGUGACUCGGCCAGAAUCUCCGAGAGCAGAACAGCCAAAGGCUAGCGCAGGUGGGGGAGGUGAUCCUACAAAUAAGGCAGCAGAAGUGCCCAGAAGUGCUGAAACUCCUGCAGCGGAAAACAGCAAAGUGACUGAGCUAGAAUUGCCGAGAGCUGAACAGCCGAAGGCUGGUGGUGGCGAAUCUGGUCGAGGAGCUGAGCCUCCGAAUAAGCCAGCGGAAGCACCCAGAAUUUCAGACGAUCCCGCAGCGGGAAACAGCAAAGCGAGUCAGCCAGAAUCUCCAAGAGCAGAACAACCAAAGGCUAGUGUUGGAGGGGGAGGUGAUCCUCAAAAUAAGGCAGCAGAAGUGCCCAGAAGCGUAGAAGCGCCUGCAGCGGGAAACGGCAAAGCGAGUCAGCCAGAAUCACCAAGAGCAGAACAGCCAAAAGCUAGUGGUAGCUGGGGAGGUGAUCCUAAAAAUAAGGCAGCAGAAUUGCCCAGAAGUGCAGCAGAAAACAGCAAAGUGAGUCAGCCAGAAUCUCCAAGAGCAGAACAGCCGAAGGCUACUGGUGGUGAAGCCGGUCGGGAAGAUGAGCCGGUGGAGGCACCCAGAAGCUCAGACGUUCCAGCGGGCGGAAACAACAAAGCUAGUCAGCUGGAGCCUCCAAGAGCAGAACAGAAUAAAGCGCAUGCGCCAGGUAAAGAAAAUGGCAGCCCAGAAGCACCCAGAUCGGAGCAGCAGAAUCCACCUGCCAUCGUGAUGCCAGUGACCAACAAAGAUAGCGAAGGCAGGUCGGAAAGCCAACCUGAAAUUCCGAGAAGUGAUGUUCCGAAAAUUCCUGGUCCACCAAGUGCUGGUAAGGAUGGUGGAGAGGCGAAAGGAGGCAAAGCCCCAGAAACUGUAGUGAUUGUUGAAGACAAGAAAGAAGGCAAAGAGGAGGUCAAGAAGCCUGCACCAACAAAAAUGGUGGAGACUACAGAAUCCGAAACACACAUUUCGAUUGAUGACAAGCCAGAGAAAAAGCCAACUGAUGUGGUUAUUCCAGAGGGCAAACCGCACGACGCUAAAAAGGACAAAGGCGAAGAAACAGUGCUAGUGGUUAAAAACGUAACUGUAGAGGUGGUACCUGAAGGAGAUGUUCCGGACUCCAAACCAGGCCAAGUUGUUCCAGCGGCGCCACCAAAGGAGGCCGUAGUCUACCCCCCCGCUCAGACAACGAAUCACCCGAACCCUCCACAUCAACCACCUUCAGCUUAUCAACCUUACCAGCCUUAUCAAGCACCCCCCUAUCAUCAACCGAGUGAAACGGUCUUUUACGUACCUCAGCCAGUUUAUCAGCCAGCCGCUCACACGAGCUAUAUGCCAGGGCCUCCGUCACCUUACCAGCCAAUCCAGCACAUGGGUCCCACGUACCAGUAUCAGCAGCCCUAUGUCAGUUACCAGCAAACACCUUAUGAUCUUUUAUACCAACCCUCAUACGCUCCCGUCAGUGUGCCUGCUUAUCCGCAAGUCCAGCAUACCGCAUACUAUCCAGCACACCCGCCAAGAUAUAGGCCACCGCAGCGCGUAAUCUACGUUUCACAAUACCAAGUCCCACGUGUUUAUCCAUCAUCCCCCACGUACUCUCGUCCGUACGGGACCCAACACAAUUAUGCACAGGUGUCAGCUUAUCAGCCGCCGUAUCCCGCUGCGUCGAACGUUCCUUACGCCGCACACACUUACCGAAACAAGGGACCUUAUUAUCUACCUAUGAAGCGACCACACGACGCACAUCAAGUGAUGGUGCUAAAGCCGGGACACGAACAUCCUGCGCUCGAACGGCCGGGACACGAAGCCACAGCUCACGGAGGCCACAAGCGCCACGUGGACGAGCAGGCUCACACUUCCCAACUGCACUUCCCGCCAGUGGUUCCCCACCCACAGAAUGCUGCCGUACCCAACCACGCUCCCCCACCGAAGAAAUAUCCUGCAGUCCAUCAUAUGCCACUCAGCCAUUUCCAGGAUCAUGCAGUGCGCAAGCCAGGAGCCAAGCUCACCUUCAAUGCCGGUCACGUGCCAAAGAUGAUUCCGAAGCGACAAGGCUACGGCGAAGCACAUAUUCCGGAAGCCUACUGGAGAUCGACCACUGAUGAAGUAAAUCCUGCAGCAGAGUAUACGGAACAAUUUGAAGUCUCUGAAGACGGUGAGUUGGGAGUGAAGCAACCUCUCUACACGGGGUAUGAGACCACUUAACAGAUACGAUGAUAGCACACCAUUCCCUGUCAAUUCAGGGUCAAAUUUCCCCCCAAAGGCUUGCAACGCUUAUGUAACAGAUUGACAAUAUUUAGACCAUCCUGUUCAAAUGACCAUAUGGCUACCUGGCAGUUCACAGAGGUCCGGCUACCGAGAAUCAUUAGCGGGUGAGCAGCGACUCACGACGAUGGAUGUAAACGCUAGAAGCUGUGACUUGCCUGUCGUCCCUGAUGCUGUCUGAUUCAUCGUGUCGCUACAACCAUGUCACAUGAGGGCCAGCAUUUGCAGAUGUCAUGCUUCUUCAUAAGGAAUACUCCAGGAGCUUUGCAACUACGGUCAAGCUACUAAAAAAGCUAGCAGUGAGCGACUGGCUCCUAAAAGACCCAAUUGGGCGUUCGAACUCAGCCACUCAUCGAUGUGAAGAAGCACUUCGAUAUAUGUCCUUCUAAAGGUCUCCAAGGAAUGCCUGCAACAUUUUCAUGUAUAUGAAAUGUGAUGGGAAGAAAACCCACUUUGUGCUUAAUACGGUGGUCACAGCGUGAGACGCUCGGACACCAUUUUUGCAACAGCGUUGUUAUAACUUUUUAGUGUGUAUUGAAAUAAAAUCGUUUCUUUGUAAUGAAUUAAGUGUCAGAGGUCGCAAUGCAUCAAGAGAUUGCGACAUGUAUAUUUCUUUGUAAUAAAUGCUUGUUUUACUUUACGAA